AUGGCCUACUAUGGGAAAUGUGUCGAAAUGGUGAUUGAGCAACUGGACAAAUUCAGACCUGAUAAGGACAGUCCUGAGCGGUUCCUGGAAGCUGCAUCCAGCUCCCUGCAGGCCCUGAGCCCCCAGAAGCAGGCAUUCAUUUUGGAGGUUCUAUCUGGGUGCCUUGAGUAUCGGAAGUUGCUGACCAUCGUGGUAGACGCCUUCUAUGUGCGGGAUGGCCGGCUCUGCCUAUGGGCUGACUACAGCCUCUUCCAGGUCAUCUGCUACCUGGCCACAUUCCAGCUGGAGGAGCUCGGCUUCCAGCUCUUCUCCAGCAUCAUCAAGUCCCAGCCUGCAGCCAAGAUGUGCAAGUUCCUUGGGUUCUUCUUCAACCCCUUGAAUCUGUGCUCGUGGGUCAAGGACGAGUGGAGCCUGGUGUACGAGGCAUCCCAUGUGGAGGAGAACUGGCUCCGCCCACUGAUGAGGUGGCAGCCAGAGGUCCAACAGCUGAUCAGCCAACUGGAGGGAGUGUUGGCCUUUCACUCCCCUCUUUCUAAGACCAAGGCCAAAGUCACAGAGCCCAAGGAGUUCAACCUGACUGCCCCUAAACCCCGCACCAUUCCAGUGCCAGAGCCAGUCCCUGUCGUGGCCAAGCCCAAAUCAGUCCCUCAGAGUACCUACAAGAUGCCCAAGGAGCAGCUGCAGCUGGAGAUGAUCAAGAGAUACAAUCGCCGGAAGGCUGAGGAGCUGUUGCUGAAGGCGAACAUGGAAGAGCUGCGCUGUGCCAUGCCCAGGUCACGCGCGCAGCCACCAACGCAGGACUCUAAGGAGAAAAUGCAGCUUCAACACCCACCCCGAAUUCGAAAGACCUCCAAGCUGACUUUCUUCAGACCUGACAACAUCCCACCAGUCAAGCUGAACACCGCAGCGAUUUUGCGAGAAGGGGCUUUGUACCAGCGGCAAGUAGAGAAGGAGCUGCAGAGGGUUGACAAGCUUGUGGAUGGGGCUGGGGACUUCUCUGAGUUCCUCGAGUGGCAGAGGAAGAUGCAGGCAAAGGACCGGGAGGAGCGGCUGGCUGAGGGCGAGUGCCGGCGGCUGCAGGGCAAGCUCAGCCAUGAGGAGGCCAUCCUGGCGCGCCAGAACCUUGCACAGCAGAAAAAGCAGAAGGCCGAUCAAAAGAAGGAGGAGACAGCCAGGCUGAUGCUGCAGUGUGCCGAGAGGCGCCUCCAGGAGGACAGGUCCUUGAAGCAGCAGGUGGAGCAGGUGAUAGAGCAGCAGAAGGACAUCAGGUUGGCUCAGAUGAAGCUGGCAAAGGGCCGACGGCAGAGAGCUCAGGAGGUGAUGGAGGAGAGCCGGGAACUGUUGCAGCGCAGCGCAGAGGCUGCCAGGGAGGAGCAGCGGCGGCGCUGUGUGCUCAUCGCUCAGCUCCGUGCUGUGGAGACGCAGCCCACACGCAAAGGCAAGCUCGUGGACCUGACCCAGAUCCCCGGGUAUGGCCUGGAAGGUGAGAUGUCUGUAGUGGAGCUGCGAGAGCGGCUGGCCCUGCUCAAAGAGACCCAGCAGCGAGAGGAAGAGGAAAAGCGCGAUCAAAUCAUCCGGGGCAAGCGCACCCAGAGCCAGGAGCUGCAGAACACAGCGGAACAGAUCUCCCUGUGCCGCGCGGCCAUGGGCAGGUCUGCUGCCUUGAGGUGGGAGAAGAAGAAAGCGCUGGCUGCGGCCUCCGGCGCACCCUCCCAGGACGAGCGCGUGCAGGAGCUGCGGCGCAGGGUGGCGGAGCGGGCGGCGGAGCGCCGCAAACAGGCGGCCCUUCUGCACGCGCACGCGCCGCGGCCCGGGCGCGCCAAGCCCCGGGCGCAGCUGGAGGAGCGGCAUUGGCUGGAACUGGAACAGAGCCGCGAGCGCAGGUUCCAGGCGCGGCAACCCGGAGGCUCCCGGCGUGGGCCCGCGCGCCACCUGGAGGCCGCCUGACCGGAGAGGGGGCGGGCGUGGUGGUGAAGGGCGCGGCCACCAGUGCACCUCCUCUUCCUCGGCCCCAGGCUCCCGCCCCGCACCCCUGCCGCAUCCUCAGUUGUCCGCAGUCCCCACCUGCCCAGAGAAGGGCUGCUGGA